UGACUUUGUUUGACAUUGACAUUUGUUUGAUUGCUAAUACGAAUGUGAUCAUUCCCGUGAAAAUAAAGCAAUAGUGAUAUCUGGCGAUAUCCAUCUACAUUCUAAAUAUUGUGUUGUGAAUUAUAAAUCUGUACUAAAAGAAACUAAGAUGCUUGAAGUUACUUGUAAUGAUCGUCUUGGAAAGAAAGUGAGAGUGAAAUGCAACCCUGACGAUACAGUUGGAGACCUCAAAAAAUUAAUAGCAGCCCAAACUGGUACGAGAUACGACAAGAUUGUUCUAAAGAAAUGGUACACAGUGUUCAAAGACCACAUCAAAUUGUCUGACUAUGAAAUACAUGACGGCAUGAACCUGGAACUCUACUACCAAUAGCCGACAAUGGAGUCUGAACAACUAAUUGAUAAUGUUAAUUUUACAACUAACUUAAUAUUUAAGUAAACUUUAAGACUAAAAUUAUUUGUUUUUUUGUUUUUAUUUCUUUUUGAGGUAAUUCAACAAGCCAACUCGCCCUGUGAUUAUGAAACACAUUAAAUAUACUGAUUACCUAAUAAAAUAAAAAUAAUCAAAACA